AUGGAAAAAGAGGUUCCAGAUUCUCAGAAUCUCAGAAAUUCAGAAUCUCAGAAUCUCAGAAUCUCAGAAUCUCAGAAUCUCAGAAUCUCAGAAUCUCAGAAUCUCAGAAUCUCAGAAUCUCAGAAUCUCAGAAUCUCAGAAUCUCAGAAUCUCAGAAUCUCAGAAUCUCAGAAUCUCAGAAUCUCAGAAUCUCAGAAUCUCAGAAUUUCAGAAUCCCAGAAUCCCAGAAUCUCAGAAUCUCAGAAUCCCAGAAUCCCAGAACCUCAGAAUCUCAGAAUCCCAGAAUCCCAGAAUCUCAGAAUCUCAGAAUCUCAGAAUCUCAGAAUCUCAGAAUCCCAGAAUCCCAGAACCUCAGAAUCUCAGAAUCUCAGAAUCUCAGAAUCUCAGAAUCUCAGAAUCCCAGAAUCCCAGAAUCUCAGAAUCUCAGAAUCUCAGAUUCUCAGAAUCUCAGAAAUUCAGAAUCUCAGAAUCUCAGAAUCUCAGAAUCUCAGAAUCUCAGAAUUUCAGAAUCCCAGAAUCCCAGAAUCUCAGAAUCUCAGAAUCCCAGAAUCCCAGAACCUCAGAAUCUCAGAAUCCCAGAAUCCCAGAAUCUCAGAAUCUCAGAAUCUCAGAAUCUCAGAAUCUCAGAAUCCCAGAAUCCCAGAACCUCAGAAUCUCAGAAUCUCAGAAUCUCAGAAUCUCAGAAUCUCAGAAUCCCAGAAUCCCAGAAUCUCAGAAUCUCAGAAUCUCAGAUUCUCAGAAUCUCAGAAAUUCAGAAUCUCAGAAUCUCAGAAUCUCAGAAUCUCAGAAUCUCAGAAUCUCAGAAUCUCAGAAUCCCAGAAUCCCAGAAUCCCAGAAUCCCAGAAUCUCAGAAUCUCAGAAUCUCAAAUUCUCAGAAUCUCAGAAAUUCAGAAUCUCAGAAUCUCAGAAUCUCAGAAUCUCAGAAUCUCAGAAUCUCAGAAUCUCAGAAUCUCAGAAUCUCAGGAUCUCGGAAUCUCGGAAUCUUAG